GGUUUGCCAACAACUUGCCAUAUCAGCCGUAGUUUCUGUGUUCUGUGUGGGGGAACGUGGAGGACAAUAGGUUAGUGACGGAAGGUCGACAGUAGGACGACACCUGAGGGAAAAAAGGGGCGAAAAGAGGGAGUUUUGGGUGUUAGUGCAAGGACAUAUCUUGCAUACCUAGACUAACGUUGCUUACACUGAAGUGUUACCUAACUGAAUUGCUAGCUAGCCGGAGCAACGAGCACGUUGUCCUUCAGUGUUCUUAUAGUCAUAACCACAAUAUCCGUCGACUAGCUAGCAAACAUGGCUUUGGUGGGACUGAGAGCCUCGUACCACAGGAUCCUGGACAAGAUCGAGCUUAUGUUGCCGGCCAAAUUAAGGCCUUUUUACAACCAUCCAGCAGGUCCAAAGACAGUUUUCUUCUGGGCACCGAUGUUUAAAUGGGGCCUGGUUAUGGCAGGCUUGGCAGACAUGACUAGACCCGCAGAGAAGCUCAGCACCUCCCAGUCUGCAGUGCUGACUGCCACAGGUCUGAUUUGGUCCAGGUACUCCCUGGUGAUUAUCCCCAAGAACUGGAACCUCUUUGCGGUGAACUUCUUUGUUGGUGCAGCUGGCAGUUCCCAGCUCUUCAGAAUCUGGAAGUACAAUCAGGAGCUCAAGGCAAAGGAGAAGGAAGCUCAGUCUUGAACCUUUCCCUCCCCAAUCCGAUCCCAUGGACUGAAAAGGGAGCCCCCUACUGGAUAUCACGUCCAACCGACCCCUCUCCCCAAUCCACACACAGACACACACAAAUUCCAGAUGUCCUGUGCCUUUCUUGUUAAGAGAAAAGGAUCCCAGAUUUUUUUAAUCAAUGAAGAUUACAUCACUUAUCAGAGUUAAAGAAAUUGCGAGUGUUUAUAGCUGUAUAAACUAUCCCAACACCCACACAAGGAUGGAACGCACAAGCUCCCUGUAUACAGAUCAUGUAUUUAAGUUUUAUUUCAAAUGAAAUGAAAUAAAUAAUGUAUGAUUGUAUAUUCUGAGACUA